GGGGGUGGGGGGUAGCCGUUGAAGGCAUUCCUUCCUGCCGCUCACAGCUCCAUGAGUGGCAGCUUGAUCUCUGGGCGGUGGACAGUGCCUUCGUUCACUAAGCCUUGACAUUUGUCAGGUGCCUCCCUCCCCGCACACAGCUUUCCUCUGCCUCCGAGGAGACGGGCAGGGGGCUCAGCCAACAGCCAGUCUGUUUCCCACCACCCAUGGUUGUGGCCAUUUUCCAGCCUCAACACCUGUCUUCCCGUAACAACCCGAGCAGGCCGAGGCCCCUGUGCCACCCCCGUGUGAGAGGCAGGCGAGGAGAAGCGGGGCCCCUCCAGGCCUGUGGGGUGUCCGCUCCAGGAAGGACGAGGCAGGAGACCACAGGGGAAAAGGCGCCCUCCAGCAGUCCUUGCCCCUCCAGCCUCUCCCAUGUGCCCGCCGGGGCGGAGAAGGCCUCACCUGGAGAGAGAACCGUGUUCUGCGCCCCAUGCCGGAGAGCGCUGCCGAAGUACUGGGGUGACAGGGCCUGAGCUGGGCUGGGCGCCUCCGUGAGUAAUGCGGUCUUUGCGAUGUCUGGGUUACAGAAGAAACACUCUGGUGAGCUGACGUGGAAGUCCUCGUCUUGGUGACCCCCCCCUCCCCGACAUACCUAGAGGCUCCACCUUGGGACCCUAUGACCUCGCAAAGCCAAAGAGAAACCAUGCCCUCUUUUGUACCCAGAUAGGCAGAACUGUUCUGGGUGGCAUCCCGGGGAAUUCCAAAUGGGGCAUUUUUGUUGAUCUGGGGAAGAUUCUCUCCAAAGGAGAAUUUGAGAUGCAGACCGAUGGGCAGCUUUCCGCCUGGCCCGCCUUUCUCCUGACCUUCAUGCAGCUCGCUCUGUGUGCAUGUGUGUGCGUGUGUGCGUGUGUGUGUGUGUGCGCGCGUCUGUCUGCCUGCCUGCCUGCCUGUGUGUCUGUCUGUCUUCAUUCUGCAUUCCAGCCUCUGGGCUCGCUCCAGGAUCCAAGGGAGGGAGUCUAGUCAUGGACCCCAUAUCCCUCAUAGGUUACAUGGUCCCUUUGAUGAUGAGAAGCCAGUGUCUCCGAACGAAACCUCUCUCACCCAUAGGCAGGGAGCGCUUGGGUGGCCCCUGGAUGGCUGCUAGCGCUUGAUAAAAAGCCAGCCUGCUUCAAAUCCCAGAGUGGUAUCUGUGCUCCGUUUGAGAAACCAACGUUUAAGGGUCCUCUGCCCAGGCAUAUAGAUACUGAGGAGACCCAGCUCCUCCGUAGAGCAGCCCCCUCAAGCUUUAAUGUGCACACUCCUCCAGGGAUCACCCAGAGGUCUUGUUAAACACACAGGCUCUGCCUCAGCAGUCCUGGGGGCGGCCUGAAAUUCUGCAUUUCUAACAAGUGCCCAGGUGAUGCCCACGUGGACGCCCCACAGACCGCACUGUGAGUAGUGAGUCCUCAGAGGCCCAUGUUUAUUCCAUGAUGUCCUCAGUGACCCUGCCUCUUAGGUUCCUACUGAUGGAUUGGAGAGUCUUCUCCAGCUUGUCAAAACAGGCCUGAACCUGGCACAUACCCUACAUAGACUGUCACCUGAGAUUCUAGAAGAAAAAGAACUUUUUGAGAACAAAUGUUUCCCGAUCCUUCCCUUGCCGGAAAUGAAUAAACAGCAGGGACUACUUACCGUGAAUGCAGCAUUUUGAAAAAUUAUUUUCUCCCCGUGUGUAAUUUGCCUGUCUCACUAAAUCGUAGUCCUGUAACAUGAUCUGGUAGAGGACUCAAUUAAAAGCUUCCGAAAAACCACAUUUUUGUGGCCCUAGUGGCACCGGAGUUUACCUGGCAAGCUGGUGGCAUGUGAGGACAUAAUGUCAGGAAACGCGCUCAGGGCAGAGGAAGAGAUUCGAGGUCCAGAAAUGCUGAGGAGUGAGAAGUUCUCCAUGUUGUGACUACCGUAGGGUAUGGAGAUUAUGCACCUGUUCCCAAGAGGCUGUUUGGGUUGUCCAGACGAUAAACAUUCUGAGCACCGUUGACAUCACAAGGUCACCUGAUUCCACUCCCCAGCUAGGGUAUCCCUUUCAAACAUGGAUAGCAUCUAUCACGUUCUGUAAAGAUUUCUCUUGACUUGUCAUUCCUCGUUGGCUGGCCUGGAUUGAGGAUACCUGGGGCGGGGGGUGGGGGAGGGGAGAAGGAAGCAUAUGGCAGAAAUGUGAUGGUGAUAUAAUCUGUUGACAGCCCCCCGCCCCCCGCCUUUGAUCUUUGGUGUCAUUUUUGUGUCCUUGCUGUCACCCCCUCCCCCCCAUCUCUGGGGACCUCUGUCCUCUCCGGAUAACCUUCUUGCUUUCCUUCACCUGCCUAACCUCUGCCAUCAGAUGUUUUUGUUGUUUCUGCUUUUUAGUUUGGUGUGUGACUUUUACAUUUUCCUUGGAAAUCGUUUCAAAGUUAGAAAAAACUGCAAAAAUAAAAUUAGUAUGAAGAGCAGCCAUACAUUCUGUAUCCAGACUUGCCUGUUGUUAACAUUUUACUGCAUUUGCUUUAUCAAUUCCCCCCCCCCCCCCCCGCCCCGGCCCCCAGCAUGCUUUGUUUUCUGAACUAGUUGAAGGUAAGUUACAAGCGUCCUGUCCCUUUGUGUCGAAAUACUUCAGUGUGUCCGUCCCAAGAACAGGGACCAGAUAAUGCUUUAAAUGGUUGGUGCUAUUUUCAGCAAAUGGGUGGCUUAACACCAUUAUAAGCCUUUUUCCUGGUGACACUGAACUCCAGAGUAACAAGGUUGCCUCUGUGUCCCUGCUACCCUCUCCUGUGACAACCUAGUGCUGGAGGGAAGUGGGGGAAGGGUGAAAGGUGAGAAUGCUCCAUGCUAAUCGUCACAACAGGUGCAGACUAGGUACAUCGGUGUAUUGGAUCUAAAUGUGUGUGCUUGUGCAGCGUGGAAAGAUCUGGUCUGGUCUGUGAGCAGCGGCAGCCUCCCCUUGCAGUGUGAGGAGCAAGCGGGCGUGUGAGUAAGCAUCUGUGUAGGAGGGCCCGGAGUUGUCGUCUUGCUGGUGUUCCUCCGGAGCGCUGAAACCUUGUGGGACCGUGUGGAGAACCUGAUUUCCUUGCCCGCCCACCUCGGAGCCCGGUUGGAAAGCUUAGAAUGAAUUGGAAUGUCACUGAUGCCCUGGCCUUUGGCAGCUUUGAGGGUAUCGGCGAUUUGAUUUGGCCCUUGUGGUGCAGAGAAAAAUCACGGGGUCCUGGGAGUCGGUGUGGGUGAGUCCUCAUCCCCGCUCUGCCGUUCGCUCCCUGUGCAGUGUUAGGCACGCCUCCCGGCCACCGUGUUUUCCUGUUUUGUUAACUUAGACAGUUGGAAUGGAUGGACAUCUUCCUGGUCGAAAACCUGGUGGUUUAUGUGCGGAGGUGGGACAGCAUAGUAAUGAGCGAUGCACGUAGGGGUCCAGAAGACUUUGAACUUCCUCCUGCCGUGGGUCAUUGAAUUCUUCCCACUGCCAGCUGGGAACUUCCGACAGACUUCCUGAAAAGGGGGCUCAAAAUAUUGGGGUGCCCAUGGGAGACUGUGUCAGUGCUCGUUUGUAGAGUUUUUAAAAACAGGACUCUUGGUUUGGUUAUUGAAAAGGUCAUGGGAACCUGGUCGCCCAGGGUUGGUUGUAAUCCUGACAGCAGGGCCUCUGUCUUGCACGCUAUACCCUCUUGGUAUGUUGUUGCUGGUGGCCCCCAGGCAGGAGGUGACACUCCCAAAGUGGUCGGUCACUACAUAAAAUGUGUCUCUCUCUUGUUUGUUUCCCACCUGCUUUCCGAGCCCCUUUCUCGGACAGUGGACCACAGCAUGUUCGAGAACUUGAAUGCGGCCCUUCCUCCAAAGCUGCAGCCCGGCUGCUCCCUCCCCCACCUGUCCAGGCUGACGGCCCCCGGCUCUGCCGCCCCGGGGUCUGCGGAGCCUGGGGGGCCGGGGCUCCGGGUGGGUGGCAGCCAGCACCUCAAGAACCUGGGCAGAGCCGUGGGGGCCAAAGUUAACGACUUCCUGCGGAGAAAAGAGCCCUCGAGCCUGGACGGCGCGGGCGCCAUGGAGAUCAACAGGCCAGCGGGGGCGCGGCUGGACGGCGGGGCCGUGGAGGCUGACAGGUCAGCCCUGCAGGACGCGUUCCCUCGUCUGGACCCCCCGCCUCCCAUUACCAGGAAGCGAACCCCUCGUGCCCUGAAGACCACGCAGGACAUGCUGAUCUCGCCGCAGCCAGUCCUGAGCAGCCUGGAGUAUGGGACAGAGCUGCCUCCUGGGCAGCCCCGGGAACCCCUUCCCACCGCCCAGCCCGACGUUCCCACGGAAACGGCAGAGAGGGGCAAGGCUCUGCCCAACGGAGAGGUCUCCCUGUCAGUGCCCGACCUGAUCCACCAGAACAGCCAGGACGAACCCAAACCGAAGAUAACUGAGUGCAGAAGGGCCUCCUCCCCUGGCCUCCUCGAGAGGAACGGCCUCAAGCGCAGCCUGAGCCCCGUCCGCCUGGCCCAGCCGCCGGAGGACAGUGGCCCCCCGCCUCGGGCACGGACCUCCAGCCUUGACAAUGAGGGCCCGCACCCAGACCUGCUGUCCUUUGAGUAGGGCCCCUUCUCCCUGCCGGGCACCCCCUUCCCCUCUGCCGUCUCCGUCCCUGGUGCCCCUUGGCCCCUGCCCCCGCUCCUUGUGCCCUUUGCCCCCUUGUGCAGAGAUCAGAGCGCCGAUCCGGGGCCAGGCUCCCUGAGUCACCCUAGUUAGAGCCUCUGUCUGCCGAAUGCUAAAGGGCUGGGCUGUGGCUCCCGAGCCUCAUUUUCUAGAAGCUCCCCGCUCCGGGGCCGGCUGCCACACUGGGGGAUGGGAGCAUUGCUGUUCCCAGGCAGCCCGGUCUUCCCACCGGCCUGCAGGGCCACCAGCCCGGGAUGAAGGGUCUUGCAGGAAUGGUCUCUGCCUGCCCCCCACAUGCCACCUGUGCCCCUGCCCCCCCCUUCUCCCUUCAGACCCUGGUUCGUUUCUUCUGCCUCUGGUUGGGGCAUCGGGCCGAAUGGAGAAUUGAUGGGUUGGGCUGACAACGGGCCCAGACCUGGAAAGCCACACACCCUGCUCCUCCUGGUCCCAAGACCGUGUGUUGUCCCCUCGCCUCUACCCUUUGGGGGCCUGAGACUUGGGCGCAGCCUUGUCGCCGAGGGUUCUCAGGGCAUUUUCCACCUGCCCUGUUGGGGGACACACCAGGCCCCCCGGGGCCGACCACUGAGAAGGCGCUGG